GAGGAAGCGGCGCUCUUCGCCGUGCUGAAGCGGAGAACCGAACCGAACCGAACCGAGCCGAGCCGAGCCGAGCCGAGCCGAGAUGUCGCUGCGCGGCUGGGCGCUGGCCGUGCUGGCCGCCCUGACCCCGGCGGAGCGCAGCCGGCCGUACGCCGUGCUGCAGAAGCAGAACCUCGUGCUGCUGGGCAGCAUCCUCAGCGCCCUGCUGCUCACCAUCGUCCUCAUGGCCGUCUGCGUCUACAAACCCGUCCGCCGGCGGUAGCGGCCGCGUCCCCGCCCGCACGGACCCCCCCCACGGACACCCGGAGCCGCCCCGCGUGGGUUCCGCUCGGCGUCACCGCGGCCGCUUUGCGGUGAUGGCGUUCGCAGCCCCAGCGCUGAGCUUCGGAGCCACGGGGAGCAGCCACGGACAGGGACCCCUUCCCAGCCCCAGCACAUCCAGGGCUGGGGGCAGCCGGGCCCGCUGGGAGCUCUGCGGCGGAGCUGCAGCCGGAUCCGCGCCGCGCCGCUUUGGGUAUCGAAUUCAGGGUUGACGCCGAAGCCACACACGUGCGUACGGAUGCUGCUAUCUUGUUUUGUUUUGCACUGCUGGGAUUAGUAACUGGAUUUUGCUUACGAAGCGUUACUUCGGUAUUUAACAUAGGGGGCUGGGGUAGUAAUUUAUUUUAGGUUUUUCAAACCAUACCUCCAGGGCGAAGGGGGUGGUCGGCUCUGCAAGCCCUCACUGCAGCCAGCGGGUCCUGCUCUGUUAUUAGGGUCGGGGAUAGCUGGGGGUUCCCCCUUUGCUGCUGCUCUGUGCGUCAGUAGAUGAGCCUGGCCUGGAACAGACCCCAUUUCUAGUCUCGGUGAAGCACGAAGGAGGGAGCAAGCUAACAGCAGGAUGGUUCUUCCUGCCCUCCUCCUCAGUUGCAGAGCUCUGGCUCGCUGAUUUCUGCAUCCUUUGUUCCGUGUAACACUGUGCCCAUAGCUGUGUGCUUGGUGGUGGGUGCAGCUCCGAGCUCCCUGCAGCAGCAUUGUUUGCAUUCAUUCUUCACCCCCCCCCCCCCCCCCCGCUCUGUCUCUCUGUACAAAUAAAAGAGAAGUAAACACU